AUGAAGGAAAGAGUCGCUGCAGAAGGACGGCGGGCCACGCCCUGCGGCCGGGCGAGGAGUCCCCGGCCCAACCCCCAAGACCCCCUCGUCCCUGCUGCACACCUGCGGCCGGCGGCCCGCCGCUCCUCCACCCCGCGGGCUCCCGGGGGGCCCCUGCCACGAGGAGGGCCACGUCCCGCCCCUCCCACCCCUCCCACCCCCGGCGCGCCUGCAGAGAGCCGACUCACUCGCGUGCUUUCUGCAGCCCCGUCCGCACGGCCAUCAGCCCGCGGCGCGCCCCGGCCGGCUCGGCGGUCACUUCCUGCUUCCCUCCGCACACGUGUCCCUCCGGCGCCCGGCCCCUCCUCGCAGGGCUGUCCCCGCCCGCGCGGGCGCGCACGCCCCGCCGUCAACUCUGCGGUUCACCGUCCGCCGCCGGCUCGGGGAGCGCCCGCGCGGGCGGGCCGAACAGGCCACCUGCGCUCCGUGCUGGCCGCCUCCGAGCGCAGGCAGCCCUGGGUCCCUUUAGAGCCUACAGGCAUCGCCUGGGUCCUGGCUGACAACAGUCUCCCGAGAGCAGCCAAGCUCAGGCCCCUACAGGACACGGGUCCUGGGAUGGAGCGUGCAUACCAGGUGGAGAGGGAGGCUGAGCGACAGCUAGCUGCCCGGAAUCUGCUGGGUGGCCCCGAACCCGCUCUGCGAAACCAAGGGAAGCAGCGCGCGUCUGCGCCACGAGACUCCGGAGGUCCACCCCACUUGGAACACCCGCCGGCCCGGCGCGAGGGUCCCCGCGCCACCCGGGGCUCCGGCCAGCUCUGCCCGCCGCCGCGGUCGGUCCGAGCCGCGCAGCCACCCGCGCGCACCCGCUCGCACGGCCGCUCGCGCCCGGAGCCCCAGGCGGUGAAUUGGCGCCGGGGUCUGCUGGCCGGCGGACAGCAGGCGACACUGGGGACAGCGGGGCCGGGAGUCCGGUGCACCGACCGACCGAGGACGCCGACCAAGCUGCUGCGCGCCCGGGUGCCGGGCGACUGGGAGCAGGCACUGGGCACAGGGAGCCGGCCAAGGACCGCAGCGGGCAUGGAAGGUUCCCGGGAAAACAGCUUGCCGGAUCUGGAGCCGCUGGGUGGCAAGGUGCCCUGCCGCGAGCCACCCUAG